CGCAGAUCUGUCCAAAAUGAAACCAGUUUAGAACUAGUUCAAAAGUUCUGCAGAGGAGAUAAAUUUCCACUGUGUAGGACAUCGUCAUGUAAAAAGAGACAGUUGAAAGCAUUGCAUUGGGAUAGAUCGAGAACCAGUACCGCCUCUUAAUGAGCUAGUUCUGAACUAGCACGAUUUUCUGCAGGGUACGUACAUAUAUCGCGCGUGUGUUCUUUCCUCUGUGUUGGUCAUACACAAUGGGGCCAGGCGCCAAGCGCAACACAUUUUCAAAUUGCCUAUAACAUUUGGCAUUUGUUUGGUACAGCUUUGUAUUUGCAUUUAUCCAAACUCAAGAAUCUAGAAAGCGUGGCAGGAAGAGUGCAAAAGCUCACAGGCAAUUGGCAAAAGCAAAAGCAUUCUUCGGUUAUCUUCGUUUUUUGCGUGGGACAUUAGUUGUCCGGUGAGCAAUGGGAGGGAAGGAAGGUGCGGCUGCUGAGUGGAUGAUAUAUUGGGAGCGCCUAUAAAGCGCUGCGCUCGGGAGAGGCGUUAUCUGUGAGUACUCGUACUUAAAUGUGUAUGUGUAAGUGGCCCCUGCGGAUUUGGGCUGAUUGAAAAUACCGAAACUCAAAAGCGGCCAAGCUUUUGGCCAAAACGAAAUCCAACAACAAUAGCUAAUGCGGUAUUCAUGUGCACACAAGAACAGUGAUUAGAAAGCUUUUCUUUUCGUGGCUAUGUCAGUGGUAUUGCGAAAGCGCUCACUUUUCUUUGUAAAGCAGAAAGAAUGUAUCCACAAUUGUGAGCAAGUCGGAGCACAAACCAGGCGUAUGUACAUGCUGGUGGUUGUUGCUCGCGGUCUGCGUCGCCUAUCGCCGCCUAUCUGCCACUGCGACUGGAAGUUUGUAAUCGCACAGAACGCGCGGUGCCACAGCUGCUCGGGCUGUGCUCCUUGUUGUGCAUUCCGCUCGGUAUCAGUUUGAUUCGCUCUACCAUAGCAAAACGGUCGGGUUCAGGUGGUCAGUGGCCCGCUGGGAGUACUACAUUUGGUAUAGAGUGCUGCUUGGGCAAGAUAAUUUCCAAAAAAAAAAGAAUAAAAAAAUUAUAAAUGAGGAAACUAAAUAUGAAAAAUUUAUGAAAGAAAAUCUGUACUAACCAGCCAGGCAAAAAUGUAAAUGACCACGAAAUCUGCAAUGUGUAUAAGCAUGUGUGUGUAAUAGUACAUAGAUAGAGUAGUUCGACGAAGUGAGUACACAAUUUUUUGAAAAUUCGAAAAAAUCUCAAAUGGUGCGAAGAAGCAGCUAAAAAUUUUUUGUGAGUGCGAAAAUUAAAUUUGCUUGCUAGUUAAAUGUAUAUUCAUGCGUGUGCGUACCACAAGAGCGUAAAAUACGCCAACGAAAUAAACGACCAAAUACGAGAGUAUAUUAAUAAAAAAAUACAAAUCGAAAGCAACAGCAAUCACAACAAAACGACAACAUACGAGUAAACCAAUAUUCAGUCAGUAAAUGAAAGAAAAAUAUUGCAAGUGCAAGUGGUUAUGGCAAAAAUUGCAAAUGAAACCAAAAUGCAACCAAAAUCGAAUUAAAUCCAAACGACAACUGAAUAAAAUGAAAGUGUAAAAGAAAAAGCAAAAGCCAAAGCAAGAGUCAAAGUAAAAUUUUAUCGAAAUUGUCAACAGUGCACAAAGCCUUCCAUGGAAUAACGUUAACACGCCAACAUUCUCGAAAAAAAAAAACAAAAACAAUCAAACCACAACACCAAAGCACACCGCCCAGCCGUAGCGGUAGCAGCAGCAAGCAAUAUGCUCAUACUGAUAGCAUUUAUUUGAGUAUUGAAUCAACGGCGAAUGCAACGACAACAAUAACACGCAAAUCGAUUGCAGCAAAGUGAUUAAAUGCGUCAGUGAGUCAGUCGGUUGACGUGUCAUUCAGUUGGCGCAUCACUCAGCUAUCCCGAAAAGGUCUCAGUUGCGUCCACUUACGCGUGCGUGCACAGCAUAUUUCUCCAGAUAUUGUGCGCUUUGCAGAACCUGUCACAUCUCAAUUUACGCUCCUUCACUUCGUCCGCCGCCUACGCAGUGCCAGCUGCCAACGGAAACCACAAAACCUAAGCUACAUAUCCUCGAGCUGUGAAUUGCAGGUGUGCUAUUACCACUGCUACAUUACAAAGUGCACCGCCGGCGUUGACAGUUGAAAAGAACGAAAUUGACGCGCUGACAGGCAGCGGAAGGUGCUGAAAGUGGGCGACGAGGCAGAGUAGCCAGCGAAGAGACGAUUUAGCGACGCAGGGCGUAGGCAACCAAAGAAACCAUAAAUAUUAUAAUGUCUUGCACCGUAUCAGAGCUGCCGUCGGGAUGUCACCUUCGUGGCAUCAGCACUUCUUCGUCGUCGGUAGUGGUGGCGGCGGCCGCAGCAGCAGCUGCACAGAGUGGUGGUGGUGGUGGUGGUGGUGGAGGCGUUGGUAGUGGUAGUGGGAGCAAUAGUGGUGGUCACAAUACGGGCGGCAUACAUGUGGGCGGCAAGCUCAGUACGACAAGUGCGAUGGGCGCAACAACAACAAGUUCGCGCGGUGGUUCAACGGGGAAUGCGGGGGCGAGCUUACUGCCCGAGACGAUGAUGACGGGCACGACGACGAUGACGGCAGCGGCAGCGGCAGCAGCGGCGGCGGCAGCGAUGACGGCAAACACAACACAACGACAGCAGCAACAAUCACAGAAACCCUGCUGCUUUUGUUGGUGUUGCUGUUGCUCAUGCUCGUGGGCAAAAUGUUUGGCAAUAAAAAAUGCGGAAGACAAUGCACCAACAAGACGUGAUCCAGCGAGCAUGGAUCUGCUACUGGACGGUGAACAGCCCAGUCUGGAGGAGAUAAGAAGUUGGGGCAAAAACUUCGAUUUGCUAAUGAAAAAUGCGGCUGGGCGCAAAGUGUUUCGUGACUUCCUACGUAGCGAAUUCAGCGAAGAGAAUAUCCUAUUUUGGCUCGCCUGCGAAGAGUUGAAAAAAGAAAAUAGUUCUGAGGCGAUCGAAGAGAAAGCGCGUCUCAUCUAUGAGGACUACAUUUCGAUAUUGUCGCCACGUGAAGUGUCGCUGGAUUCGCGCGUGCGUGAGAUCGUCAAUCGUAAUAUGGUCGAACCGACAACGCAUACCUUUGACGAGGCGCAAAUACAAAUCUACACGCUCAUGCACCGAGACUCAUAUCCAAGAUUCCUCAACUCGCAGAAAUUCAAAGCGCUGGCACAAUUACAAGAUGGCAGCUUAUCUGCAGCGGCUUCCACAACAGACAGUCCCACUUAAGAAGGUGGCAAGCAAGCGUUUGCUGAACCAGCGAAAGUCAACAAUUGGGGGGAGAAAAAACGAAAGCACUUCACAAAAAAAAAAAUUAAUAAAAAUAGAAACAGAUGGUAAGCUUUAGUUUAAAGCUGGGGAAAGUGAAGUAAGUGGAAGUGGAAGUGUCAAAAUGAAGUGAAAAAACGAAAAAGUAGUAAGCAAAAAUUGUAAACCGCAAACAAAUCAGCAGAUCAGCAAACCAACCAACCAACAAACAAACAAACAAACAAUAAAGUGUGUUCGCAAAAGGCUUGCGGAAUGCAACAAUUAAAUUUAAGUAGCACCUAAGCUCUAGCACUAGACAAGUUUAAGGACUAAGCGUAAAAGCAUUAAGCACUUAAAUGUCUAAGCAGAUGAUCUAAGGUUCUACUACAGCAGCAAAAGAUAAAAAGGUUAUAAUAACAAGAACAACAACAGCAACAAUAUAUAUAUUUAUGUAUGUACAUAUGUAUUCUUAAGGAGAAAAGUUUGCUACAGUUUUUAGUUUCCUACUAGCUUGUAAGCGUCAAGCGAAAAUACUUACCACAUACACAUCUAGUAUGCACUUACUUUUACUAAUGUGCUUAUGUAUUUGGGUACUUAUUUAUUUACAUACUUACUGGUUUAUGCAGCAUACUCUCUCUCGCUUGUACGAAUUUCUAGUCGAUCAUUACUUAAGAACUGUUGCUUUAGAUAGGCGCCAAGAAAGCAUGCAGAGAGUGAUUUAAAUACAUACAACCAUUUUUUACUAAAUUUUUAAGUUCAUAAAAAGCAGAUAGUAAUAAUGAACACAAAACAAAAUAAGAUAAACAAACACAAAAAAGAAGCAAUACAUAAUUCCUUAAAAAAAAUAAAUAAAAAUUGCAGCAAUCGGCUAAGUAAAAAACAGUAAUAAAGCACAAACUGUAGAGCAACAGAAGUAGGCAGAGUAACAGGAAAAAAGCACAAAGCGAUUUGGGGGACUUAGAAACUGUAAGAAAAUUGGGUUUAGAUGAAACACAAAGCAAAGCAAAGGAAAGCAAAGCAAACAAGUGAAACAUUAAAACGAAUUGUAUGCGCACAAAUUGAUGUUAAACACAACUAAAAUGGCUAGAACUCACGCUUGGAAGCCGAAAGUGGUAUACAAACAAAAGAUUUAAAAUUUAUUAAAAAAAGUAUUUAUAUAUGUAAAUGUGCUCGUAACACAUGAACAAAUAAAUUAGUUGAAAUGCAUGGAAAAAUGCGUCAGACAUCAAUCUAAGCGAGAUUAUAUGUUUGUAAGUAUGUACGUAAGUGUGUGUAGACAAAAUCUAGUCAGCGCGGCUGUUAAAAAAAGCGAAAAUAAAUUGCAAAAAUACAAAAAAAAGUUAGAAUAAUCAAAUAUGCGUGCAAAUACUGGCAAUGCGCCUUGUGGCAGCAUAGUUUUAGGCGCCGUGUGUGUGAGUCAAACAAAAAUUGCAGAUACACACGUGCAAAUGCACAAUGAAAGAAGCCAGAUGAAGUUAGACAUAUACAUUAGGGUGGGUCAAAUUGUUCGGGUGAAGAAAAAAAUGCGAAAGGGGUAUAGCAAAAACAAAAUCAACGCAAAAUUUAAAAAAAAUUGCCCAAAGGAACUAGGGUUCUAAAAUUAAAACCUAGUCCGCGCAGACGGGCAUAAAGAUUUCAGUUUGAAGUAUUUGGAAACCACUGCAUAUAUUUUUAUGUCUCUCGGCUGGAGCUGGAUUUUAGACCCACAGUUUCUUGGGGAAGUUUUCUUAGAAUUCUACGUAGAUAACGUUUUUGCAAUACGCCUUUGACAUACAUACAUAUGUAUUUAUGUAUGUAAAUACAAGGUGCGAGU